ACUCUACAAAUAAACAGCACUGAACCAAACAAGUCAGACAAGAUCGCGUAUCCUCGUACCAUUUAUUUCCGAACAACCUAUCAAUGUCCCUGUUUGCUCGGUGGCAAUGUCAUUGAGAAAAAAAUGAACAAUGUCGUAUACAAACUUUUCCAAUCAUGUCGUAGAUUCCAUACUUCUCAACCAUUUCCUCAAAACCAUGAUUCCAUUCCUCCCUCUACCCUUCUAUCCAAUACUCUCCAGCAUUACAUCAAUUCCCAAACCCCUUCCCACGGCCAAAAGAUCCACUCCCACAUUCUCAAAACCGGGUUCAUUCCUAACACAAACAUUUCCAUCAAACUCCUUAUACUAUACCUUAAAUCCAAUUCUUUAAGAUACGCACGCAAGGUGUUUGAUGAUUUGCAUGACAGAACUUUAUCCGCUUAUAAUUACAUGAUUGGUGGCUAUCUCAAAAAAGGACAAGUUCAUGACUCACUUGAGUUGUUUCAUAGGCUUUUACUGUCCGGAGAAAAGCCUGACGGGUUUACGCUUUCAAUGAUUUUAAAAGUGUCUACGUCUACCUCGGGGGUUGUUGAUGUUGAUUUUGCGAUGGUUGGUGAUCUUGGAAGAAUGGUACAUACGCAGAUUCUUAAAUGUGAUGUUGAGAAAGAUGAUGUUCUUUGUACAGCGUUGAUUGAUUCGUAUGUUAAGAAUGGGAGGGUUGGUUAUGGAAGGAUUGUGUUUGAUGUGAUGUCGGAGAAGAAUGUGAUAUCUUCAACGUCGCUGAUCUCUGGUUACAUGAAUAAAGGUUGUUUCAGCGAUGCGGAACUUAUAUUUGAGAAAACAUUGGAUAAAGAUGUUGUGGUGUUUAAUGCUAUGAUUGAAGGAUACAGUAAAACAUGUGAGUGUGCUAUGAGAUCGCUUGAGGUUUACAUUGACAUGCAACGCUUUAACUUUAGGCCGAAUCUUUCUACGUUUGCUAGUGUGAUUGGUGCUUGUUCUGUGCUUGCAGCAUUUGAAAUUGGGCAACAAGUUCAAACUCAGCUUAUGAAGACGCCUUUUUUUGAAGACGUAAAAUUAGGAAGUGCUCUUAUAGAUAUGUAUUCGAAGUGUGGUAGAGUUGAAGACGCUCGAAGAGUUUUUGAUCAUAUGCUUGAGAGGAAUGUAUUUUCAUGGACAUCUAUGAUUGAUGGAUACGGGAAGAACGGGUUUCCAGAUGAAGCACUUGAUCUAUUUAGUAAGAUGCAGAUAGAAUACUGCGUUGCGCCCAAUUUUGUCACGUUCCUCAGUGCUCUCUCAGCUUGUGCACAUGCCGGACUUGUGGACAAAGGUUGGGAGAUUUUUCAGAGUAUGGAGAAUGAAUAUAGACUGAAGCCAGGGAUGGAGCAUUAUGCUUGCAUGGUUGAUCUGUUAGGGCGAGCAGGGAAGCUGAAUCAGGCUUGGGAGUUUAUCACGAGGAUGCCUGAGAGACCCAAUUCGGACGUGUGGGCUGCUUUACUUAGUUCGUGCCGACUCCAUGAAAAUAUAGAAAUGGCAAAGUUAGCGGCAAAUGAGCUUUUCAAGCUGAAUGCUAGUGGAAGACCGGGAGCUUAUGUUGCACUAUCUAAUACUUUGGCUGAUGCUGGGAAAUGGGAGAGUGUAAGUGAGCUUAGAGAAGUGAUGAAGCAGAGAGGAAUAGCCAAGGAUACUGCCUCCAGUUGGGUUGGAGCUAAUAGUGCUUGUUAGAUUUUAUGAUGAGUUCGAAAAUGCACAGCAUCAUUUUUGUUUUGUCAAAUUAGAUAAUCCCUUUCGAACUGAUUAGAAUACGAGGAGACUAAAAGUUUAAACUUGUUCAUCAUAUUCCUCAGGCAGACAUGCGUCAAGUAGUUGUCUUUGUUUUUUUAUCCAAUGACUAAGAGAUAUAAAUAACUAAAUCCAUGACUAAUUGCACUUAAAUACUCAACAAGAAGGGUGUGGAUUCGACUAUAUAGUUUCCAGACUUUAUGAAUAGUAUGACUUUAUUUAGUCUUUUGAAGAAAUAAGAUUAGUUUCACUUUAUAGUUUCCAAUACCUCUCUUGUGUUGUAUUUUUUUCAAGACUUUGUUGUGAUCAGAACAAAUCUUGUUCUAACAUAACAUGUGUAAUUCUAUUUGGGCCGGCUUCAUGGUCAUGAGUUCCUUGAAAGUGUGAACAUGGAAAAGUCAUAUUUGUCAAAUUUUAAAAUGGAACUCAUGACCAUGAAGUCUGGAAACUAUUACUCCUCUCAUUGAUUCAGUUUCUCACCGAGAAAGCCAUUAUUUCUUUUGCAUUUGUUUAUGUAACUUCUUCCUAUAGCUUUUGCAAGAUUACUCAUCCUCUGAAUGAUUUAUAUUCUUUUAUGUUUGUCAAUGUAACUUCUUUCUCUCUUUUUUGCAGAAGUAAUCCUCUUCUCAGUGUUAAUGCAUUCUUAUAUAACAUGUUAUAUAGCACAACUUUGGAGUACAGUGGUUUGAAGGAUUUAAUGGGGGUGGUUUCAAAUGAAAAGUAUUAAUGACAACCAGUUAACAAGGAUUGUGAACAAUGAUUAAUGAUUGAAAUUAGAAAUUUAGUUGGCAAGUAAGGUAAAUAAUGAAGGAUUAAAAUUGUUUUUAUUAAUACUUUGGUGUGUUAAUGUUUUUAUUUUUAUUGUUCAUUCUCUUUUAUCAGUUUAUUUUAAUUGUUCAUUCACUUUAGAAAAAAUGGUGUGUUAUUGUUUUCACUGGUGUGUUACUUACAGUUUACAAUGUUGUUGCGGGCAUGUGUGGUGUCUGUUUAAAUUGAAUUAGAAUCGUGGUGUCUGCCUAAAUUGAAUUUAAGUUGUUUUCUAAUAUUUUGUAAUUUAUUCUGUUAUGGAAAUGUGAAGUAGCUUUUUUGAUUCAAUGAUAUGUGAAAAUAUUUACUUGCUCAUAUCUCAUUCUUCUUCCAUUUUUAAUGGAGUUCAUUCAUUCACCGUACAAUUAUAUUAUAAAACUUAUUUAACAAUUAAUUGUCUUUUUUAUUGUCCUUUAUGAGAAAUUAAAUAAUUUGGUCAAAGAAUUUAAUGCAAUAUAAAGGUUUGAUUAUUUGGUUUAAAAGCAACCAACCAAUUUUUAGUAAUUUUAAUUACGAAAAAAUAAUAGUUACCAUAUAUUAAGAUAGAUGUGGGGGUUUUCACAUAUCUUUUAAGUUAUCAUCUCUUUUGUAUGCUUGAUUGUAGGUUCUCUCAAUUUAAUUAUUACUCAGUUUAGUUACUAAAAAAUUGUUUCAGUUAAGUAAAGAAACAGGGAAAAAGCUCUAUCAUUUAAAUAUGUUAAAUUAAAUUUAUAGGGGUGGUAAUGUAAAUGACAAAAUUAUGUACAAUUUUUUA